UGAUUAGUACCUCUACCUAUAUAAACAAGCGGUGGUCUUGGCUCAGACAGGAGAGAUCUGGUGGUAGCCUAUUAUUCCAUACAAAACAUACACACACGAACCCCAUAUCUCUAAAUCCUCGAACCCUUGGAAUUCAGCGUUGUUCAAGUAUGGGCAGCACUGAGCAAAACCUCUACGGAGCAUACACCUACGAGAGCCUUGAGAGGGAACCUUACUGGCCUGCUGAAAAUCUCAGAAUUUCCAUCACUGGAGCAGGUGGAUUCAUUGCCUCCCAUAUUGCGAGGCGUUUGAAGAGCGAAGGACAUUACAUCAUUGCUUCUGACUGGAAGAAAAAUGAGCACAUGCCAGAAGACAUGUUUUGUCAUGAGUUUCAUCUUGCUGAUCUUAGAGUCAUGGAUAACUGUUUAAAAGUUACACAGAAUGUUGACCAUGUGUUUAAUCUUGCUGCUGAUAUGGGAGGUAUGGGCUUCAUUCAGUCUAAUCACUCAGUGAUAAUGUACAACAACACGAUGAUUAGUUUCAACAUGCUUGAAGCAGGAAGGAUCAAUGGCGUCAAGAGGUUGUUUUAUGCGUCUAGCGCUUGUAUCUACCCUGAGUUUAAGCAAUUGGAAACUAAUGUGAGCUUGAAGGAGUCUGAUGCGUGGCCUGCAGAGCCUCAAGAUGCAUAUGGCUUAGAAAAGCUAGCAACAGAAGAAUUGUGCAAGCACUACACCAAGGAUUUCGGUAUUGAAUGCCGAAUUGGACGCUUCCACAACAUUUAUGGACCAUUUGGAACAUGGAAAGGUGGAAGAGAAAAGGCCCCUGCUGCUUUUUGUAGAAAAGCACUAACUUCUACUGAUAAGUUUGAGAUGUGGGGUGAUGGUCUGCAAACUAGAUCAUUCACUUUCAUAGAUGAAUGUGUUGAAGGUGUCCUGAGGUUGACAAAGUCUGAUUUCCGAGAGCCAGUAAAUAUUGGAAGUGAUGAGAUGGUAAGCAUGAAUGAAAUGGCGGAGAUCGUCCUCAGCUUUGAGGAUAGGAAACUUCCUAUCCAGCACAUACCUGGCCCUGAGGGUGUCCGUGGACGGAACUCGGAUAACACUCUGAUUAAGGAGAAGCUUGGUUGGGCCCCUACCAUGAAGCUAAAGGACGGAUUGAGGAUCACAUACUUCUGGAUAAAGGAGCAAAUUGAGAAAGAGAAAGCUAAGGGUGGUGACAUGUCAGUUUAUGGGUCAUCAAAAGUUGUGGGGACGCAGGCUCCAGUCCAGUUGGGUUCUCUUCGUGCAGCUGAUGGCAAAGAAUGAAGUAAAUAAUGCAAACGUUGUCUUAAUAAAACGCUUUAAGUGCCAUGUAUAUGGUGCUGCCAUAUUUUAGAGUGAAAAGUCUGAGUAUGGAUUUAUUUAAGAUUGCAAGCUCUAAAUUUGAUGUUCUUCUUUCCUGCUAUUAUUACCAUUGUAAUCUAAGCAUCCGCUCCUCGUAAUUCUUUUACGCCUGAGGUAGUUGGUUCUUGUAUGAUGAUUACGCAGUAAAGCAAUGAGUAUUUGAUCAUUUUCUUGUCA